AUGCUGUUUUGGCACAACCAGUCGGAGCACCUGUGGCCCAGUCCUGGAGAACUAUACCCUGGGCCUCCCAGCAGCCUGCUCAGGGAGCCCCUGCCCUUGCCCUACCUGAAGCAGGAAGAGCUGCCCAACAUCCCCAGUGCAGACCCGCUCGGCUCCGUGUUCCAGUAUGUGCUCUGUGCUGCUACCUCGCCAGCUGUGAAGCAGCAUGAGGAGACGCUCACCUACCUGAACCAGGGCCAGUCCUACGAGGUGCAGAUGCUCUGCAACCCCAAGCUGGGGGAUGCUGUUCAGUUUCCCCGGCUGCUGAAGAGUGUGGUGCGUGUGGUGUUCCAUGACCGACGCCUACAGUACACCGAGCAGCAGCAGCUGGACGGGUGGAGGUGGAGCCGGCCAGGGGACCGCAUCUUGGACAUUGAUGUGCCAUUGUCGGUGGGCGUGAUCGAAUCCCAAGUGCUGCCCUCACAACUCAACACAGUGGAAUUCCACUGGGACCCGACCAAGAAGACAUCCCUUUUCUUGCAGGUUCACUGCAUCAGCACUGAGUUCACUCCUCGAAAGAAAGGUGGAGAGAAAGGUGUUCCUUUCAGACUCCAGAUCGACACCUUCAAGUUUAGUGACAAAGAGCUUCCGCCUGAGCACCUGCAUUCGGCCAGCUGCCUCAUCAAGGUGUUUAAGCCCAAAGGAGCCGACCGGAAACUAAAAACUGACCGGGAGAAGGUUGAGAAACAGCCGCUACAUGAGAGAGACAAGUACCAGGUUGCCUGUGAGAACACCAUUUUUAUGGAGUGUUCACCAUGGCCAGAGCCCAUUGCAGGGCCUCUUAGUCCUUUGGCUCUGACCUCCCCUCACUCCUGCAAGCUCCUGUCCCCAGAGAGGGUCUGCUCAUCACCACCAUUCACUUUCAACACCUUGGUGGGCAACACAGCUGAGGAUCUGAAUCCUGGGGCCUCUAUCCUAGAGACGCAGCAGUGGUUGUACGGGCACCGGUUCUCCAGCUACUGUCGGAUGCUGGCCAACUUCACUGGUUCCGAUCUGCUGAAGCUUACUCGCCAGGACCUUAUCCAGAUCUGUGGAGCUGCUGAUGGAAUCCGCCUUUUCAAUACUCUGAGAGCCAGGCCCAUCCGUCAUCGCCUGACUUUAUAUGUGGCUCAAGAGGCCUCUAGACAAGAGAACGAGAUUUCUAAGAACUCCGACUCAGGCAUUUAUCAAGAGAUCUGCCUGGAUGAACUCAGCGCCUUAGAGCUGAUGGGGAAACUGGCGGAGCUCUUGGCCCUCCCAGCCAAUCAGAUCCAUCGCCUUUUUCAUCAGGGCCCUGGGGGCAUCCUCAUUCUUCUCAGUGACCAGGUGGUCCAGAAUCUUAAGGAUGAAUCCUACUUUGUGGCUGUGGUGAAGAAAGUGCAGAAUCCAGAAGGCUACUACUUGAUUCUGACCUAA